AUGAUCAACUUACGACUGUUAUUGUAUCGUCCAUCAUUUAUUACUUCAGGUAUAAUGCAACCAUUCCUAAUUACUUUCCUGAUAAUAUCAACAACAUUUGGACAAGAUUUACCAUAUCAAGCCAGUAUAAUCGGACCACAAAUGCCAUCAUCGUUUUUUGGUUACACUUCACGAUAUCGAUCACCUUUAAUCGGUGAUUUGGAUGUAUUAAAUUUCUUGAAUAAAGGAAUGAUACCAACAAAUCCUGGCUUAGAUCUUCUUGCUCAUGGACUUGGCUUUGGAGUAGCAGCUUUACGAGGACUUGGAAUUGUAUUGCAGGACAAUGAAGCAAAUCGUAAAAUGACACACCAGUGA